ACGGCAAGUUCACCUGGAAAGAAAACCGACAAAAGAUGUCUGAUAUUUCAGAGAGAGACUGGAGAUCAGCUCUGACCACCAUCCUGGAGCAGCUAGAUCAACAACAGUACAUGAAGAUGAAGGAAUUUCUGGACAAAAUCCCUAAAGGUCAGAGGGACAAAAAGUGCAGAGUGAAGAUUCCCCAAAAAAUCAUUGAGUGCUACGGAUUAGAGGAGUCCAUCUCUGUGGUCAGGAACGUAAUGGAAGAGAUACCAAGGAGGGACGCUGCAGUCCAGGACCUGCUGCGCCCCUUUGUGGACAAACUGAGGAACAAACACGACAAAGAGAAUAAAGGGAAGAAGAGGAAAUGUGAUUGGGAUAAGGAGGAAGGAAGACCUGCAGGAGAUCAACAGAAGCGCUGCCGACCUGACAUGGUCUUUCAUCAGCGAGACGGGAAUCUCCACGAGAGCGACGCCAGUUCUUGGAGGAAACGGAUCUGUGACCUGAACGCCAGCGGUGAACUUGAACUUGGAAAAGCCAUUGUUGGGAAAGUUAUUCAGAAAUCCAGUCUGCACACGUAUCGGAACAGCAAAGAUCAGGAAAAGUUCUUCUGUUAUGUGACAGCAGCUGAUGAGACAGCUGCUGUCAAACUGAUGGUUUAUGGGAAAAAGCACCAUAAGAACAUUGAGGAAGAGAAAUCCUACUUGUUCAGAAAGCUUUUAAUAGAUGAGUGUUGCGUUAGGGUGACCACAGAGAGCAAAGUGUCAGAGACGAGCCCUGUUAACGUCCCAGAUGACCUCGAGAUGGAAGCUCGGACGCUCGUUUGUCCAGUUUGCACCGUUUCUGAAGCCAAAUUAUCUGCUGACAAGACUGACGUGAGCGUCGAGGGAACCGUGACGGAGAUCAAUCGUGGCGAACACGUUGAGGUGAAGGACGAACGGAAGAAGGCAAAGAAGAAAAGCUUCCAGCUGAAAGACGACACCGGAUCCAUCAGCGUCUGUAUGUGGGGUGAAAACACCAAGCAGUGCAAAGGAUUAUCAGUUGGAGAUGUGAUCAAGGUCACCAACGCGAGGACCAAUCAGUACCAUGAAACCGUCUCACUCAACUCAACCGGGUUCACCAGAAUUCACAAGGUGCAAAGUGCUGGCAUCCAGAAGGUGAGAAUCGAGAUUUUAGGAAUCGUAAAAGCCACGAAGAAGGGAACCGAACUGGAGGUCAACUUCAACCAACAGAUGACCACGCUUCAUGUGUCUUCUGCACGUCUGGCGAAGGCGUUUGACCUCAAACUGGAUGGUUUCAAAGAAAUUCUGCUCAAUAAAAUGCCGCUUUCAGCAGAUGCAGUAAUACAAGGAAGUAAAAUUAAAGAAAUAACAGCUGCUUAAAGGACGUAAAAAUAUCUUGUCCUGGGUUGACUCUGGUUUCGAGAACAUAUCAGCAGCAAACAUCUCAUUUUUACUGUUUUCAGUGUUUGGCAGAGGGUUGAUUUGUUAUCACUGACUUGGAAUAGAAACAUGGUUUUAUAAAUCCAGACAUAUAUGCAGCCUCUCAGUUGUUUGGUUGUUUUCUCAGCCCAGCCUCCCUCACUGUCAGACCAAGAUGGCUGAACCUCAGAGCUUCCUCUUCCUCGUCCUCUCACUCCACCUGCCUUUCUCUUGUCUUUGCAUCUAUUGCCCCAGAACAGAAGAGCUCACCUGUGUAGUGUUUGGUAUCGAGAAGCGGUCCCAAGUCGGAGAUUCAAUAAGAAUUGCUAAAAUUUAAACAAUACCCAACCCUACACCUGAGGCCCUUUUAGUCUAUGGCUCUGAUUGCUAAUUGAAGAAAUGUGCAACAAAGGGAGUCAGAGAGGACGAAGGAAGUUCAGCAUUGUGACUCGCAGUAGGGCUGAACGACUUUUCAGCCACAUAUUGCGAUUUACAAUUCGAUUUUGCGAUUUUUCUUUUUUAGCUUAAGUUCAA